AUGCCCACCAGGUCUCUGGAGGAGAUUAAAAGCCUGUUCCAGAGGUUGUCGGUGCGAAGGUCAAGUUCACCGUCGCCGGCCGGCGGGAGGGAGGCAGCGUCUGCGGUUCCAGGCGCCUUGGUGAGCAGACUGCCUCUCUUUGGCCGGGCGAGGCUGGCCUCCCCGGUGGAGGAGGAGGAGGGCUCCAAGAGGCCCAGGGACGCCCUCGCUGGAGGCCCGCCGGCCUCUGGCCUCUGCUACGAGGCGGAGAGUCCGGACGAGGCGGCCCUGGUCUACGCGGCCAGGGCCUACCGGUGCACCCUGCAGGCCCGGACGCCGGAGCAGGUCACCGUGGACUUGGCCGCCUUGGGGCCCUUGACCUUCCCGCUGUUGCACGUCCUGCCCUUCGACUCCGCGAGGAAGAGGAUGUCCGUGGUGGUCCGGCACCCGCUCUCCAACCGGGUCGUGGUCUACACCAAGGGCGCCGACUCUGCCAUCAUGGAGCUGCUCUCGCCACCGUCCCCCGGUGAAGCAAGUCUGGAGAAACUGCAGGUGACAAUAAGGGAGAAGACCCAGAGACACCUGGAUGAAUACGCCAGACAGGGCCUGCGCACGUUAUGUAUCGCCAAGAAGGUGAGUCCGCCGGGUCCACGCUGUCUCUUCCGUCCUUUCCCUUGUUUAGCCACCGUUUACUGAAAACUAGCAUGUGACAAGCCCUAAUCUGGGCACUGCGGCGAGUCCCCGGACUCUGGCUGUCUUUUAGGCCAGCCUUAAGUUUCCCCUUAGAAGUUCUUGAUACUGGGCCGGGCGA